CUAUCAGCAGUAAAUAAUGAAUGAAGCUGUCAGUCAGUGGUGAUAGUGUUUCGCGUGCAACAGCAUUGUAAAGAUGGACACACGAGGGAUGUAUAAAAACUUUAAUUCCCGUCAUUAUUUUGUCAGGAAAAAGUUGAUAAGCAUGUAAUAUACGGACCACAACGGAGAAAAGUGCGAUCAACAAGUGUUAACAAACUACAUGGAAACUAAACGAUUUAGAAUAACUUAUUUAAAAUAGUUAAUUUGUUUAUUUCAAAAAGGAAAAAUUUAGUUACAGGCCUGAUUGUGAUAAUGUUAAGCUCGUUAUCCAGAGGCUAUGGAACCUGGUCCGGGGAGCUGUAUGAUCGUUAUAAUGAUGAUAUAGAUACUGAGUCUCUACCAUGUAUAGAUCCCGGAGAAAGUGCCCACAGACAUGGCAUCACAGUUGGGCUGGGAUCCAGGGCCCCUACUACGAUGUCUAUGCGUUCAGGGAAGGAACAGCCUCUAACAUGUACCCUCACUCCGCGCUCCGAUGGGAAACUCAACAUCCCUAAAACGUUCACCACCCGUAAGGGAGCAUUGAUUUUGUUUUCAUCACAAGAAGAAGUAGACAAUGCUGGGUCAGCACCAAUGUCCCGAUCUUCUUCCAGACAAAAAUCAGCACUGUCUAAAAAAUUUAAUGCUAUAGAAACUUGUUCAGCCCUAGGUACCCUGGAUAGACUGUCAUUGUCAGUGCUGCGGUACGGAGACCAGGAAGAGUAUGACAGAGAAAACGCAAGUAUUGCUGAUGAAAAAAACAAGAUGGUGCUGAACUUCAUUCACUCACUAGAUGAUCAGGAUGUGGACAGUAGAGUUCGCCCGGGUAGUGAGCUGUCUUCAUACUUGCGUGACCUCAAGUAUCAUUCAAGUCAUCAUGGUGCCACGUAUCUUCCACGGAGCCGAGAGACAAUGGAGUUACGGGCCCUUCUCCAGGGUCUUCAGGACAACAGGUGGCCGAUGUCUUACUCUACUACAGAAGGGGCACCAAUAAUAGACAAAUCUAACGCAGAACAAGUUUACCAGGCCGAGUUCUCGUGGUUCAACUAGACCUGGAUCACCAGCGUCUGGUACUACUACACCCAGGUCCAUCUUAUCGGCACGAAAACUGACAGCUUCACUAAAGUCUCUCAACACAUACAGACAACCUUCUAUAGCUGAUGGUAGCGAGUUGGAUGAUGAACAGAGCACCAGUACACAUCCAACCAUCAGUGCCAAGGUCACACGAAGGUCACCACCACAAGAUGGUUCUGUUAGAACUGGAUCAGCAUCACCCCAGAGGUCAAGGACACAGCGCUUGGGCCCAUCCUCAAUCACAGGAAGCAUUGAGGAGGAGCCAAGUGACCUUAACCAAGGUUGGAGAGGUAGUUCUGUAGGGACGUACCUCACAGGUACAUCCGAGGCCCCAGAUGUCUCCAUCCCAUCUAACCUUGGUGAUGACAAUUACUCAACGGAGCAGGGACACAGUCACUUAUUGAAGGAACAAGGUGAAGGUCACUCAGAGAUGGAACCAGGUGAAGGUCACUCACGGGACGAGGAAGGUGAUGGGCAUGAUAAAAAUGGUGUUGGGUUAGAACAUCUGUCAGAGGGUAGUGAUGGCUCUGACAUAGAAAUGUUGUAUACUGCGGGUAAUGGUGGUGUGGAUGGUAGUGUAGAUGUUGUGGAUGGUGAUGGUGUUGUAUCUGUUGUCUCUCCUUUCCCAACCAUGCAGCAUGACAAAUCUACACAGUUUGAGCAGCAUGACAGUUCCUCCCCCUCCCCAUAUCCUGAACAAUCUCUCUCGUGUGAUCUCAAGGUGGCGGUGGACAAUGCUUCUCCUUUAGAACAUCCUCAACUCUCGGAGGACAAGAAACUUUCCUCGGCAGGCCCUGGUAUAGACAGGCUGUCGGUUGCUGAUGAUGGGGGUGAUGUGGAGUCCAGUAUCACUGGGGUCAGUGAGGACACCACAGAACCUGUUACCAUCAAAGUUGACAUCAAUACCCUUAUUGCAGGCCCCAUACCAGAGGAGGCCCCAAACAUGGCUGGGUCAGAGACCAACUCCCACCAAGACACUGAUAGAAACAAUAUUGAUGGAGAAAAUUCUGUCAAAAUUCCAACUGAAAUAAGUCUUAUUGCCGGAGAAAAUGUCGCAAAAUCAUCAGAUGGAUCCCUGCCUCAAACAAGGAGUUCAAGUAGGGGCAAAGGCUCUCCGAGAUCUGUCACCACGCCAACCAAGGGAGGAAGUAGGCAGUCUUCAGCCAAGAGGGUGUCUUCAGGCAGGAAGUCACCAAAAAGGGAAGCCACUCCUGUGAAACUUUCUUCAAGACAGUCAUCAGCAAAAAGUAAUGCAGACAUACAGAUGUCUUCACAUGAGAUUGAGGUCAAAGAUACAGAGACUUUGAUUGCUAUUGAAACAAAGGUUGCUGGAGAUGUAGAGGAUGUAGCCAGCAUAGCUUCCUCUGUCCUAGUAGAACAGGACAUUGUGUUGCCAGCGCAAGACGACACUGGGGAUACAAACAAUGGUGAGACAGCAAGUUUACCUGUGGAUGGUGUAGCACAACCACUUCAACCCCAGUACACAGGUUCCUUGGCCAGUGGAGAAGGAUUUGUGAUUCAAGACAAUGUACCCCCAAUUCCAGUAGCUACCCCUCGUUCAUCUCGACCAGUGUCGAGGACCAGCUCUAGGCCAGCCUCUCAAAAAACAGGACAGCUACCUCUAGCAGAAGAACCUAUAAUAGUGUCACCAAAGACCACUGGACCACAGGAGCAAAAUGUGGAGCAAACUGGGACACAAAAACAAGACAAGAAAAUUGAGCAGAAAGUGGAACAUAAGAUACCUGAUACUGCUGGCCUAGCUGUGGGCAAUAAGGAGGAGACCAAGCCUAAACCUCCUGAAGGGGGAAGGAAGGGGCAACAACGCCGGGGCCACUUACCUCGAGGUAAGAAGGCUAAGAAAGAUGUUACCAAGGCAAUUGACAUCUCUUCUGUACAGCCGGACGAGGAGGAGAAACCGAAGGAACAUGAGAUUACUGUGUACAAGACUGUCAAGGUUGCAGCUCAGAAGGAAGAGACCAUUAUUCCAGAGUUUAUUUCUGAGGAGGCAGCUCGGCGUGAGGAAGAUUCCAAGGAAGCCUUGGAGAAACAAAUGGUGGAGAUGUCACAGAUAGUGGACAACACCAUGUCAGGGACAGUACUGGAGGAGGGUGAGGCUGGACUUACAGACAAGGAACUAGAACUGGCACAGAAAAAAGUACUGGAGAAAAUAGCAGAUGCCAAGGAGAUGAUGGAGAGAGCAGACAACCCACAGCCACCCAAAGAGGAAAAACCUGUCAAAAAGCCAGUAGGAAAGAAAGGAGGGAAGAAAAAUGUUGAGAAAAUAGUGGUGGACACAGAGAAAGAAAAACUAAAAGAAAUGAGAAGGCUUGAAAAAGAGCAAAGGUUGGAAGAGGCCAAGGCACUGCAAGCAAAGAUAGAUAAACAAAGGGCAUUGAGACAGGCCAAGGAGAAAGAAGCACGUGACAAAGGAAAGCUGACUAUUGACAAUGUGGAGCUUGAGCUUGAGAUGGAAAGAUUGGAGAGGGAGGCAGAUGAGAUGCAACAAGCAGAGGAUGAAGUGCGAAAUGCACUCGCUGAAUCAAGGAAGACACAAAGGGAAGAGCGUGAUAAUCGGCGGAAGGCUGAUCUUGAAAGAAAAAAACAGCUAGCAAUAGAACGACGAGAAAAGGAGAGGAAACUGAUGGAGGACGCAAAAAACAAGGAGCUGGAGAUGUUGGAGAAGAUUGAAGAUGCCAAUGUUAGGAAACGUCAACGAGAGGAAGAGGAACUGAAACAGGAGGAAGAAGAGAGAUUAGCUCAGGAACGUCUAGAGGAGGAGAUGAGAGAGGCUGAAAGGCUUGCAGAGGAGGAAGAAGAGAAACUCCGGGAGCUGGAGAGACAGGCAGAGGAGGAAGCAAUGCAGCGACUGAUUGAUGAGAGAGAGGAAGCUACACGCAAGAAAAGACAAAUAGAGGAACAGAAAAGAUUGAUAGAGGAGGAACAGGAGAGAAAAAGGCAAGCCAUCAUUGAAGAAGAGAAGCGAUUGGAAGCAGAAAGAUUAAAGCGGGCAGAGGAAGAGGAUCGGAAACUACAGGAGGAAAAGAGAAGAUUGGCAGAAUUACAAAGAAUUGAAAGUGAGGCCCGGGAACAGAUGCAGAAGGAACUUGCUCACCGACGGGAGAUAGCUUUGGCACGACGUGAACGAAACCUUGAGGCCCGCUCCAACAUGACUCGACUCAAACAUGCGCAAGGAAUCACACAGCCCUGGGUCUGGUCCUACUUCAUACAGUGGCCCCUAGAGACCUAUAACAUACCAAUAGGAGGGGAGCCAGAUGAUAAGAAGAAGAAGCGCCCCAAACCAAAGGGCAAGAGAUGAUGACCUGGUCUUAUCAACACUUAGUGCCUCCUCUAUCACUAUGUACAUUGUCAGUAAUUAAUGUUGUGUUGAAUUACAUGAAGAAAAUAUUUUUCUAGAUUAUAAAAAUAAUUUUCAAUAUCUCGGGUAUUGAUAUGAAAAUGUAAGUAAGAAUCCGUCAAAUCUUCCAAGGACCAUUUCAAGUAAAGAUGAAAACAGGACACAGAAAAGUAGGGAAGAACUACUAUAGUAAUCUGUACCACCCACCAUUAUUUCCUUUCUGGGUCACUACACAGUGGAUGUUAUAACAAGUUUAGACCGAACAUCCAUAUAUUUAAAUAUCUGCCAGGAACAUGUAAACAAUAUAUGUCUUCACUGUGUAAUCAUAUGUCCACUACCUUUAUAUAUAGAUACAUAAAUUAGGGUGUUUCGGUAUUUAAUUAUGACUGAUAUCUUUACCAAAUGGGUUGGUACUACCUUGUACAUUUGGUUUCUGAAUUAUAUCUCAUAGUUUGCCCUUGUUAAUUGCAAAUAUUAUUGGAUUUGUUAAGAAUUUUUGUUUUUAUGUUCCGAGAUAAUCGUAAUAGAUUGAUGUAACUGUCUGCAGUACAUGACUAGGUUAGUUCAUUCUCAUGUUAGUUAUCAUCUAGCCACGAUUUCAGAAACGGUUUUGUUUAUGACAAUAUGGUCCUCUGUCCAGUUCAACAAGACUCAGGGAAUGUUCUGCUUUUAAUUAAUUUUGCCUUAUUGUAAAGUCUACUUGUCACUGAAUACACAGGUGUCGUCUUUACUAAGGUUUCGAUAUACAGUGGGACCACUGUGGUUUAUGUUCAGUCAGAUAACAUUGUAUCAGUGGGAUAAUCAAGGGUAUGUGAAUUACUAUGCAAUAGAGUUUGUUAGUGCAGUUUUUGUCAUACAUCCAUUUAGAAUCUAUAUAAAUCUGUAAGAGGUGCACAGCCCUCUAUGUUGAUUCAUGCUAUCUGUGAUAUUUAAAGAUUUAUUUUUGUUUUUUGUAUUUUUUAAACAGUUAUUAUGGCCCCAUUGGCAUAUUGGGAUAUUGUAGCUACAGGUGCCAAAUAGUAAUCACUUUUUCUGUGCACAGAUGUUCAGUUCACAAAAAUACACAUUUGGAGAAGGUCAUAAAAUGUCAUUAGAUCCAGAGGUGAAGGUCAAAUUUUGUACAUUUUCACUGUGUUCAGAAAAGGUCAUUCAAGGUCAUUAGAUCCAGAGGUGAGGGUCAAAUUUUGUACAUUUUCACUGAUGAACAUUUUGCUAUGACAUUAUGAAGCAAAGUUGGUCAGAAUUGAACAAGGAUUCAACUGAUCUAAGGUCAAGGUCACUUAUUCAAAGGUCACAUUUUGUAUUUUUUCCUUGAUAUAACAUUCUGUUAUGACAUUUAGUAAUGAUGCAAAGAUAGUUGGAAUUAAACAAGACAACUGACACUGACAAAAAAUCAAGGUCACUAAGUCAGAGAUCAAGGUGAUUUUGGUGCAAUCAAACCUGACAAAUGAGUUUUAUACCAGUAUUGUCAUUUCCAUUAACCCACAAAAUAAUGUGGAUGAAAACAAGAGUCAUAUCAUAGUAAAUUGUGAUUUGAAAUUAUAUUUACUUCUUUGAGAUAGUUUUUGAAGUCCAAAUGUUUAGUGUUGACAUCAGCUAUAUGGGCUUUUUGAUGAAUAUGUGGAUAUAUUGCCAAGCAACAAGGCCAUUGCAGACCUGUCAGUGACGAGUUAUUUUAUUUUUAGAGAACAGAAAUAGAGCUUUGUAUGUCUAACUGCAUGCUAGCUUAAUGUUUUCCAGCCAUGUAUGCCCUCUGUAGCUACUUCUAGUCCUAUCCAAGGGUCUAAUAUUACAAUCAAUAGUCACUUUCAUUCUGUCAGGACUAGACCCUGGUAAGGAAUCUUCAGAUGGGUCACUGUACUUGAUGCAAAUUAUUGCACAAGAAAAAUUCUGAAUUGAUGUCAUAAUGCUAGAGUUAUCAUAAAAGUUAAUUAACUCUUUUAUGAAAAUGUUAAUAAAUUGUGUUUAAAAUUAAUUUUACAUUUUGGAAAUUUGAAGAAAGACCAUAAUUAAAAGCAACCAAUACAUGUAGUAAAUUGAAUCAAAUUGUCUCAUCUGUGUAAAACUUUUACAUACUUGUGAUUAAAAUGAGUGUAUGUACAAUAUUCAAGGUAAAGAGUAACUGUUACAGUAUAUUUAUUUAUUUAUUUACAACUUUAUGUUAGUCUUUACUUAUAUAUAUGUAAAUAUUAAACUUAUAUUGUUACCUGUAGAAAUAGCAAUUAGGUUAUAUAAAGUAUACAAGGUGAAAAUGUAUUAAAUGCACUAAAUGUAUGUAUAUUUAGCUCACCUGCCUAAGGGGCGAUAAUAAACUUAUGCCAUGAUGUGGAGUCAUUUGUCUGGCAUCAAUGUUUUCAUUUAAAUGACUUAUCGAUAACAAAGAGGUUCAUUGUCAUGAUAUUAGGAUGAAGUUCUACUGAACAACAAACUUGUCCAAAAUGGUGCCUUGACCUACAUUCAGGGUCACAGGACUCAGGUGGCUAAAAUCUUUCAACCACUUCAUAUAUUCUCAUUAGGCCCAGGGUAAUGAUAUUGGGUCAGAGAGGAACAAGGGCCGAUUUGUUCGAAUGAAAGGCAUUGAUUUACUUAUACUUGAAGUCAUAUGGGUCAAAUGUGAAAUUGUUACCGAAUAUCGAAGCCCCAGUGUUACGAUAUUGAUUUUACAAUUGUAUCAGUUUGAGGUCAAGGCCAUCAUAAGCUGACGAUCAGGCGAGUGAUUCAGGCCUGUUGGGCAAUUUGUUUCAUUUGUUAUAAUAUAUAUAUUGUGUUAUAGCUAUCAAAUUGACUUAUAUUUUUGAAUAUGCUUAAUAUAUUCAUACAUUUGCUAAUUAUUUUUAUAAGCUUCGAUAUCUUACAAAAUUUUCAUUUUUUCUUAUAUUUAUUCUUUUAACACUUUUGAAUUCCGUGGGUCUUGGGAUAUCUGCGAUAGAGCACACUUUACUGUAACCAUUGUUCCUUUAUUUUACUGUUAAUAAAUUAACCAUUGUGCAAUAGUGAUUUUAACAUUAUUCUCACUAGAACAUGUAGUUAUAGAUGUGCAAUCAAUGGCACUUUUAUAAGAUUUCCUAUCUCAAACACCAGUAUUGUGUCAGACUUGUAAUUUUAAAACUUUGUCAGGUAUGUCCUUUAAAAAUAUUGUUAUGAACUAGUUCUUCAUUCAACAAGACCAUUCCCUGGUGAAAUCAACAAUCAAAUCAGCCAUCACCAGGUUUUACUGAUUUAUUAUAUAUUUGAUUGAUUAGCUAUAAUAAAUCUUAAAAUGCUUUUGUUGUAUCAUGUUAUGGUAGACUUUUUCCUGGAUUAUGUGCCCUUGCCUUGUAGGUGUCGCCACACCUCUGUACAGUGUGGCACCUGUCCGUCCAUCAAUGCUCAGAUACACUCCAGUUUCCUGCUUCAUGUAUACACUGCACUGUUAUCUAUUAACUAGGUCAUAAAAUACUGGUAAAUAAAGAACAAUACAACUAGAA